UUGGUGGAAAAACAACGAGAAUUUUUUUUGUCUGGCGCUACACUAAAUCUCGAUACGAGAAAAAAGCAACUUUUGGCAUUGAGGAAACUUUUUGUGGAUGAGUGCGACGCUUUGACAAAUGCUGUUUAUAUGGAUCUGCGAAGGCGUCCGGAGCUGACUCACAGCAUCGAGAUUGGCUGCGUCAUAGUUGAAAUUGAUUAUAUUUUGGAGCACUUGAAGGAUUGGGCUUCACCGAAACAUGUCGAAAAAACAUUUUUGUCUCUCUUAGACACUCCUUUAAUUGUUAAAGACCCAUAUGGUGUGGUUCUAAUUAUUUCUCCCUGGAAUUACCCCAUCAAUCUGCUUUUUAUGCCGUUAAUACCUGCUAUUGCAGCAGGUAACACUGUGAUUCUGAAGCCUUCAGAGUUGGCUCCUAAUACUACAAGCCUUAUUUCUGAGCUAAUCACUAAAUAUUUUGAUCCACAAUAUCUCGCCGUUGUCUGUGGUGGUGUUAAUGAAACCACAGAGCUGCUGAAGGAACGUUUUGACCAUAUUUUUUACACCGGUGGACCAAAAGUAGCGAAGUCUAUUAUGGUUGCUGCAGCGAGAAAUUUAACUCCUGUUACUUUUGAACUUGGAGGCAAAUGUCCGGUGGUUGUGGAGGAAGACGCUAAUAUCGAAUUAAGUGCCAAAAGGAUUGCUUGGGGAAAAUGGAUGAAUUGUGGCCAAACCUGUCUUGCACCAGACUAUAUAUUGGUUAAAUCAACUGUAAAAGCCAAAUUGAUUGCUGCACUACAAUCUACCGUUGUGGAGUUUUAUGGUGAAGUUCCCCAAAAAAGUGAAGAUUACAGCAGGAUUAUAAAUCAAAUGCAUUUUGAUCGAUUGAAUGCGAUUUUGGAGAAAUCAGCUGCCUCCAUCGUUUAUAAAGGAGGAGAACCUGAUCGUGGUGACUUAUUUAUACCCCCCGUCAUUCUUGAAGCGUCUCCAGAUGACCCCGUAAUGCAAGAAGAGAUAUUUGGACCUUUAUUGCCCGUUGUAACUGUUGAGGGACUCAGUGAAGCCAUAGAUUUUAUCAAGUCAAGGGAAAAACCGCUUGCAGCAUAUAUAUUUACAAAGAAUGAUAAAGAUGCAGAACGGUUUUACACGGAAACCUCGAGUGGUGCUGUUUGUGUGAACGACGUAAUUAUGCAUUUAACAGUGGAUACGUUGCCAUUUGGUGGCGUAGGGAACAGCGGAAUGGGCCGUUAUCGUGGAAAAUUUGGUUUUGAUACUUUUACCCAUGAGAAGGCUGUACUAAAAAGAGCCUUCUUUACGGAGCGGCUCAUAGAGUUCGUUUCAGUGACCUUCUUUUGCAAACUGUAUCUUAGUUAUGUGGCAAAUAUUUUACUUAAAAAAGGUCUUUAG